AUGGAGGGCGGAGCAAUGUCAUUGUCGUCGGAGAGUAGGAAAGAAGAAGAGCAGCAGGGAACGUCCUAUACCUAUUGGGUGAGGCAAGUGGCGGAGGAUGCGGCGCCUCCCCCAGUUCCUCGAAAACUCUCACCUCAGGACAUUCUCUCCGCUCAAUCCCAGCCUUCCACCCUCGGUUCUCUCUGGAAUCGGGCUGGAACUUGGGAGGAGAAGAAUGUUAAUAAAUGGGCAACAGAUAGAAUAAAGGAGCUUCUUUUAUCAGUGGGUACCUUGGAGUUCUCAGGUGGCAAAGCAGAGAUAUCAGAUGUCUUCAAAUGUGUAGGAGAUGCAUUCUUGGUGACAGUGCGAAACAAGAAACGUGUUAGCUACACCUAUGAACUAACCUUGAAAGUGAAAGGGGAGUGGAUAUUUGGAGAGGAGAAAAACACAGUCGAGGGCCAGAUAGACAUCCCAGAGUUUUCAUUUGGUGAGCUAGAUGACUUGCAGAAGUCAGGUGCUGUGGACUUGGAAAGAAAUGGAUGUCAUGGAUGA